CUGCACGCGCAGGUAGAAGUGUAUUUUCCAUCGUAAGUGGGUUGCCAGGUUGGGUCAGGGCCAGCGCACUGACAGAGACCCAGCCCCUCUGUGAAGCAGCACACAGGCGUCCGGGUGUCCAACCCUCUUCCCCGAACACUUUGAUAGCAGUUUCGCAGCCGACCGAACCGACCGUGGCCUCUCGAUACUCGCCGCUCCGCGUUUGAAAAUGCUAAACGAGCGCAGGCGGCGGUUUUCUAACGCGGGUUCUCGUCCAGUUCCACCGUCCGCGGCUACUUCCUGGUGCCACAGCGAGAGGCAGUGCUGAGUUAAAGAGACAGAAAUACUGGUAGAAAUUCAGAGAGAGAGAGGGCUUGGAGCAGCGAUAGGAACAGUUGACUGGAUUCCCAGAAAUCGAAAAGGCUCCCUCUCUGCUCUUAUUUAUUUAUGUUUUUUUCUUAUUUCCUUGUUGAACCGUGUGGUUGGCUGGUGAACUCGCAGGCGGUGUGGAUGACGGCUGCUGCGGCUAAAGCGGAAUUGUAACGGGGGAACAUAGUCCUCCCUCCGACGGAGAAGAAGCCUCGCAGAGAUUUGACAUUUUUAUACAGCCGACUCAUUCUUGGUUUUUUUUUUGUUUUAAAGCACAGCGUCAAUACAGGUGUUUUUAUAUCCAUUUUAACGAUUCCAGAAGGAAGGGUUAGGGCGACGGAAGAUGGGUUGUUUGGGCAACAGCAAGACUGAAGAUCAACGCAUCGACGAAAAGGCACAACGAGAGGCGAAUAAAAAGAUAGAAAAGCAGCUGCAGAAGGAGCGACAAGCGUAUAAAGCAACACACAGGCUCUUAUUACUGGGUGCGGGAGAGUCCGGAAAAAGCACCAUUGUCAAGCAGAUGAAGAUUCUACACGUCAACGGCUUCAACGCAGAAGAAAAGAAACAGAAAAUCCAAGAUAUUCGGAAAAACGUGAAGGAUGCCAUAGUGACUAUAGUGUCAGCGAUGAGCACUUUAAUACCCCCAGUCCCACUAGCAAACCCAGAGGACCAAUUCAGAAUCGAAUACAUCAAAAGCAUAGCACCUCUCUCGGAUUUUGACUACUCACAGGAGUUCUUUGAUCACGCGAAGAAGCUGUGGGACGACGAGGGAGUGAAGGCCUGCUUCGAGAGGUCCAACGAGUACCAGCUCAUCGACUGCGCACAAUAUUUCCUGGACAGAAUCGACUCCGUAAGACAGAGCGACUACACGCCCACAGACCAGGACUUGCUACGCUGCAGAGUUUUAACUUCAGGGAUUUUCGAGACGCGGUUCCUCGUGGACAAAGUCAACUUCCACAUGUUUGAUGUUGGAGGCCAGAGAGACGAGAGGAGAAAAUGGAUCCAGUGCUUUAACGAUGUGACUGCGAUCAUCUUCGUGGUGGCCAGCAGCAGCUACAACAUGGUAAUAAGGGAAGACAACAACACCAACCGGCUACGAGAAGCUCUGGACCUCUUCCGCAGUAUUUGGAACAACAGGUGGUUACGCACCAUUUCGGUCAUCUUGUUCCUCAACAAGCAGGACAUGCUGGCAGAGAAGGUAUUAGCUGGGAAGUCCAAAAUCGAAGACUACUUUCCCGAAUACGCCCGCUACACCAUACCAAAUGAAGCAACCCCCGAACCUGGCGAAGACCCGAGAGUGACGAGAGCCAAGUUCUUCAUCCGAGACGAGUUCCUCCGGAUCAGCACUGCGAGCGGCGACGGCAGACACUACUGCUAUCCACACUUCACUUGCGCCGUGGACACGGAGAACAUCCGGCGGGUCUUCAACGACUGCCGGGACAUCAUCCAGAGAAUGCACCUGCGGCAGUACGAACUCUUGUGAUGGGACCGUCCUGCCAGCCCUCCCUCUCUCUCCCUCCCCUCCACGAGCGCCCCCUCCUGUCAGGGACUAUGAAGUACUACUGAAGUGUGUCAAAUCCUCCUCUUCUCCUCCUCCACCUCCACCCAGUCUGGGGAUCCACGCUUUUUCCCUCUUAUUUGAAACGUCAUUCCACUAAAGCCUCGCGCUACCUCCUUUUUUCUUCUCACCCCUUCUCUUGUUUGACGGCGGGACCUCAGUGUGGAGGCAGCGUGUGUGUGUGUGUGUGUGUGUGUGUGUGUGUGUGUGUGUGUGUGUGUGUGUGUGUGUGUGUGUGUGUGUGUGUGUGUGUGUGUGUGUGUGUGUGUGUGUGUGUGUGUGUGUGUGUGUGUGUGUGUGUGUGUGUGUGUGUGUGUGUGUGUGUGUGUGAGGAGAAAGGCCAUUUGAUAGCGCGCAUGUGUGUGUUAGCGUGUCACUCGCCAGGUGAAGCUGGCAUCCAUUUGUUUUUUUCUUCUUCCUCCCUCUGCUCCUCUGCACGUGGACGACGACACGGAGGAGACAAAUGCACUUUUGCAUCAGGUUCCUUCACUUUUUUUCGCCCCCCCCUCCUCCACCCAACCACCCCCCUCAGAGGAAGCGUACACACAAUGUAGCAUCACGAUAUUUAUUAGCUUGCCGAGCUGCGGGCGGAGCGCUGACAUUGAACAGGCAAAAGUAUUUACACCGAGGGGGACUGAGCCGUCUGCACCUUAGCCCUGGACUCGGACCCGCCUCCACACACACACACACACACACACACGCACACACACACACAUCUGAAGCGAGGGAGAGGAGAGGGAGGGGGGGGGAGGAGGGGAGGUUCCUCUUUAACCCCUCCAUCCCUUGUUUUUUUUUUGUUAACUUGUACACUGUGCAAGGUUGAAUUAUCCUGUACAGACUGUAAAAUGUAAUAUUAUUUUGUACAACUUCAUUGAAAGAAAACAAAUCUACUUGUAGAUCUUUGUGCCUUGAUUAUGGCUGUACCUGUAAAUGAGCUCAGAUGUAAGUAUGUUUUCGACUGCGCUGUACAGCUUGAUGUCAAACUCUACCGGCAGCCGACGACUGCGGGUGGAGGACUUUCUCUGUAGAGUUUAGUUUUUUUCUGGUUUAUAAAAAAAAAAGAGGAAAUGCUGUUUAGUAAAAAAUAAAAAAAUAGGGAAAAAAAAUCCUAAAAACCUGUAUACAUUAUGCAAAUUAACCACUUACCUGCAGUGAAGACCAGAUGUUGCAGCGCCAUGCCUUUUUUUUUUUUUUUUUCUCUCAACGGGGGCUUGUUUUCCCGCCGUCUUCUUAAUAUUAUUAUUGACUUCACAGCUUUAAACAAACAUCGGAGAUCAUUGAAGUGUCCAAAUUGCAACCUGGUGUUGUUUUAAUAGGAAGUUUCUUUUCUUUUCUUUUCUUUUUUCUUCUUUUGAAGCGCGUCUGCGAUAUGUACUGAAGUGCGUGCCUGUGCGCAUGUGUACAUACGACAAACUCACAGACGCAUCGUGUGUGUGUGUGUGUGAGAGAGCGUGCGUGCGAGCGAGCGUUGUGUGUGUACAAUUUUCUAAAUGUAUGUACAUGUAAAUUUAUAGGUCUAUAUAAAUAUAUAUGUACAAUUAUACAUGUUUAAUUAUGUGUGUGCCUAGGUGUACAUACCUAUGUAUGUAUACGGUAAAUAUGUAUACAUACACACAUAGGAAAGCAUGUCUAGAAUGGAGAUGAAUAAAUGAGAGCGUGCAAUAUUACUUCUUUGGUCCUUCGGAGCCACGAGCCGAUGGCACAGGCACUAUGAAUGUGUGAGCAGCACCCAACAAGACGAGCUCUUCUCCUUGUACAAACAGCAUCAGCCUUUUUCUUCUGCUACAGUACACGUCUAUCCCUGAAAGAGAGUGAACUGACUGGAGGUGCAAAUACCUUGUUAGGCCCGGGUGGAUGAUGAUGAUGAUGAUGAUGAUGAUGAUGAUGAUGAUUAAAUGACAUUUUUAUUUUCUUUAAAUAAAGAGGCACAUUAGAGGACUCUUCUUGGCCUGGGUUUCAUCUGCUGUUUUUGUCGUCCGUCGGCGGUGGAGUUUCUGCUUAUUUCGAGUCUUCAGCUUUGCACGUGUGUUGGCUUUUGGCGUCAGAAGUGGGAUGGCAACCCAUUUGAAAACAAACAACAAAAAGUCCAUACGCAUCUGGCAAGUAGAUGAAUACAACUUCACCCUGGAGAAGAAAAGUGGACCAAUGGCAAGCAAAGUAUGGAUCUGAAACGGUACUUUGUUCGGAGGAGGUGGGAAAGUCAGUCCUUUCUGUGAAACCCUGAGUACUAAAAGAUCUAGAAAAGGUUCUAUGAUUAUUUGUUUCAUGCCACAGACUCGCCUCUACACCAGAAGGUUCUGUUCUGGGGGGAAUCUUCUCAUGCUACUGCACGAGCUGAGAUAGUUGGCUGGGAUUAUUCUCUUAAACCUAGAAGGAAC